AAAGUCGCAACCUAUCGCCAGACGCCAAACCUCAGCCAUUGAAGAAUUUCAAAAUUUGGAGGAGACAAUCCUUUCGUGAUAUCUAUCAUCUUGCCAUCUCAUUCUACAACUCGCCUCCAAUCUCCAGAGUCCCAGAAUCGUUUGGGGGUUUGGGCACACGGCGGACAUGCAUUCCCAAGACUCCCAACUCCCAGUGGCUCUCCUCGGUUGCUGAGGACUCAAGAGGAAGAGGAGAGUAUGACUGACUCUGUUUGAGAUAUUAGGAAUACAAGUUUGUCACAGAGCACGAGAACGAUCAUGGUCGCGUGCUCUUACAGAGUGCCUUGUCCUCUGUCUAGGAACUACUGCUUCUCCUUAAACUCAAGAAGGCACAAGCUUCUCCAAAGUACCCACUUUGCGUCUCGAAAACCAUUUAAUCCAUCCAUCAUUUGCCUCGGAAUUGGAGUUGAAAAUAUUGCAGAAAUAGCCCAGAACAAGGUCUUGGUUGCAGCUGCUAUUUCUGGGGCAAUUGGGCAACUUUCCAAACCUUUCACUUCAUCGAUUCUUUACGGCAAAGAUGUUAAUUUUAAAGCUGCUUCCAGCUCUGGUGGAUUCCCUUCCACUCAUUCUUCUGGGGUUGUGGCAGCUGCAACUUCCCUUGCCCUUGAAAGGGGUUUUUCAGAUUCAAUAUUUGGGAUGUCUGUAGUUUUCGCCGUCCUUGUCAUGUAUGAUGCCCAGGGUUUAAGAUGGGAAGUAGGGAAUCAUGCACAGGUUCUAAACAGGAAACUGCUAGAGGCCCAACAAACCCCAAUUCCCCGCAGAGAAAAGGACAAUGAUGACCUCAUUGAUUCUAAACCUGGAAAAUCUUCCAUAAAAUCAGAGAGCCUUGUUCCUCUCAUCUCUUCAUCUGAGAAUGGAAAUCCUUACAUAUCAAACCCAGAAGAUGCUGCUACUCCAAUCAGAUCAGAGGACACAACCUCCAGAUCGAGUAUAAUGCUUUCAACGAGCUUCACAGCUGAGAGCGAGAAAUCAUUAACGAAAGCUUCUAAUAGUUACAUCCCAUUGAAAGAGUCAAUCGGGCACACACAGGUAGAAGUUUUAGCCGGUGCUUUGCUGGGUUUUCUUGUUAGCUUAGCAGUCCAUUUCUUAAUGUAACAUACACUAUACGACCAAUUCUCAAACCAUAUAUAAUCUUUUAUAUAAUUGAUCACAUUGUCAUGAUCAUGGGAAAAUGGGAUUCAAAGAUUUCCAUGUAAAAGUUGGUUCUACUCUCAGAAUAAAUUUGAGGAAAAUCAGUUCCUGUG